UCCUACCACUACCACAGCACCAGCGACGGACCGGGCAGGCAGAGAAAAAGCAGACCAGACGAGACCUCUCGCGUUCCGUCCUCCUCCCUGCCCCUGCUGCCGUUCCCCUUCUUCCUCAGUUCUCCCGCCCGCUGCUGCCCUCCGUCCGCGUCCAGAUCCCGCCACCAACCGAUCCGGCGCCCUCCAGCAUGGCGGGGGCGGGGGCGAAGGCGGCGGGAGCCCUGGCUCUGGCGCUCGUGCUCGCGCUCGCGGGGGCCAACUCGGAGGGCGACGCGCUCUCGGCGCUGCGCCGGAGCCUCAGGGACCCCGGCGGCGUUCUGCAGAGCUGGGACCCCACGCUCGUCAACCCCUGCACCUGGUUCCACGUCACCUGCGACCGCGACAACCGCGUCACCCGCCUAGAUCUUGGUAAUUUGAACUUAUCUGGUCAUCUGGUGCCUGAGCUUGGGAAACUGGAGCAUCUUCAGUAUCUGGAACUUUAUAAGAAUAACAUUCAAGGAACAAUCCCUUCUGAGCUUGGCAAUUUGAAGAAUCUAAUAAGCUUCGACUUGUACAAGAACAACAUUUCGGGGACAAUACCUCCUGCCCUUGGAAAGUUGAAGUCCCUUGUAUUCUUGCGUCUCAAUGGCAAUCAUUUGACUGGGCCCAUCCCAAGGGAACUCGCUGGAAUAUCUAGUCUCAAAGUUGUUGAUGUUUCAAGUAAUGAUUUGUGCGGGACGAUUCCCACGUCUGGACCAUUUGAGCAUAUUCCUCUGAGCAACUUUGAGAAGAACCCGCGCUUGGAAGGUCCAGAGCUACAAGGCCUGGCCAUAUACGACACCAACUGCUAGAGGGCACCACGAAGAAAAGAACUGCUAGAAAGUAACGAGCGAACAAGGUUACCAGAAAUUGGGCGAUAUAGAUUUACUAGGUCUGGAUCUGUAAUCCUCCCUGCAUAGCUCUUAUUCGUAACUCGCUGUCGGCACGAAAGUUGGUGUGUGUUUUAGCAGAAUGCUUUCUGUCCGUGAAAGUAAACUUGAAACUGCUUAUUACGACUGAAAUGAUAUUGUCGUUCCCCCC